AUGAGUGAGAAUUUUUUGCGAGAUUCAGGGACGUUAAAUGAUUUACUGGGGUAUUUAGAUUCUGUUCAGUCUAAGUCAGUGAAUGAUUUCGUUCUUCCUGAUUUAUCUCAAGCGCAAGAAGUUCAUUCAGAAUUCGUUAAUAAAAUGGAUGAAUUAGAGAGCACAAUUGAGUCAUCUCGAAAGAAAGAACAAGAAGCCAAGCAAGAAUUGGCACAAGUUAAAGAACAAACUGCAAAAGAAAUUGAAAAAAUUAAAGCAAAAUCUAAAAAGAAAGUAGCUCAAGCGGUACAAAAGUAUACAGACAUCAUUAAACAGCAGCAAGAACAACAAGAAGCACUUAUCAAACAAAAAGAACAACUGUUACUUCAAAUUCAACAAGAAAAAAAGCGAGCACAAGUUGCAAGAGAAGAAGCUGCUAGAAGAAUCAAAGAAAUUGAAGAUCAAGCUACACAACAAGUUGCUCAACAACGUGAACUUGCUAUUGCCCAAGAAAAAGCAAGACAAAAGAAAUAUCUUGAAAAUCGUGAAAAAGAAAUCAAAGAAAAUACAGUUAAAGCAUUACAACCAGAGCUUGAAAAUCUCAUUGCUCGCCAGAAAAGAGAAUUAGAUGAAAUCAGAGCUUCAAAAGAAGAAGAAAUUCGGGCAGCAAAAGCUUCUAUUGAAAGAUUGGCUGAAGAAGAAAGAACUAGACUUAUCGAACAGAUGGAUCGCGAAAGAAAACUUGAAGUUGAAUCGAUUGAAAAAAGAUUACAAUCCCAACUCGAAAGAGAAAGAGAAAUGCAUAAUUCAGAGCUUGAUAGACUUGUCCAAAAAUUAAAAGCAGCCCAACAAGAACAAGAAAAUUUAACAUUAAAAAUUUCAGAAUCUCAAAAUGCUCCAAAAGUCGAAGAAAAGCCACAAAUUAAGACAGAAACGAUAAUAAAAUCCGAUACAAAUGCAAUUAUCAACGAAAUGAGGGAGAGAUGGAAAGCAGAACUUGCUGCAGAACAAUUAAAGCAUCAGCAAGAGAUACAGAAACUGAAAAUGACUAUAGAAAAGGAAGUAGAAGAUGCACGUAAGGAAGAACAAGAGAAAUUUGCAAGAAAAGAAGAACAAAUUAAAAAUCAAACGAAUGAAUUGUCAAAAGAAAAGAAUCAGAAGAAACUUCAGGUAGUUAUUGAAAGGUUGGAAGCUGAUUCUAACGCUAAAAUAAAGAAAAUCAAUGAAGAUGCGGAAAGAAAGAUAAAUGCUGCACAAUUAGAGACAAAAAAGUUCAUUGCUCAACUUGAAGAUGCUCAAGCAAACAGUAAAAGACAGAUUGGCCUAUUAGAAGCAGCUGUUGCCGAUGAAAGACAAAUGAAUUCAAGAUUAGAAAGAGAAAAUGAGAGAUUAGUCCAUGAAAUAGAGAAUAACAAGACAACAAUAAAAUCAUUACAUACAGAAAUAGAAGCAAAGGAUAAACUUAUCCAAGAUACAUCUAAAUCAUACGAAGAAAGAGUCCAAUCAGCGAAGAAAUCCCUUGAAGAAGAGCUUGUCAGGCAAAAAGAAAUCAACGCUAAAGAUAGAGCGUCAUUUGAAGCAGAAAAACUUGCAUGGCAAAAUGAGAAAGACACAAUCAUCAAAAAUAAUGAAGAAGAGUUUGCAGCUGUCACUAAAAGAGUCAGAUCUCUUGUCGAGCAGAAAGAAGAGACUAUUAAUCAGCUCAGAGAGCAGUUGACAAUAGCUCAACAGAGAAUGAAAGAAGCAGAACAAAUUUUCCACCAACAGAAGAAAACAAUUUUAUCGACAAAGACUCCUGUGAGGGAAUCUGUUUCAAAGAAUCCUACUACAAGGGACUCUGUAUCAUCAAGGACGCCUUCAGCAAGAGAUUCUGCUACUAGAAAGUCUCAAGUUUUGAAGAAAUAA